ACGACAACACCCAUGAGCCAGCAUCUACCCAAGUAUCUGCUAAUCCUUUUCGGGACAAAGACGCCCUUAGUAACAUUUUCGAACCAGACAACCAGAAAGACCCCUAUGAACAGGGCUAUACAUGGCAGCCACUAGAUUCAGAUAAUGAAGCACUACAAUCCUGGAAGGCUUUGGAACAGUCCUUGCUGGACAUUAGAAGUUUAUUACUUGACAGCCUUUCCUAUACUAACGAAAUCAGACGUAACGAAGCAAUCAAUUGUUUAUUACCUUCACAUCAAUCGGCAUCAGAACAGAAGGAAGUUUUCGGCCCUACAGAAAUUAAGGAGACUUUGGAAAAGGAAAAU